UUUACCAUAUAUAAGAACUCGAGACUAGACUCGAGCGUAGUCUAUCCGCGGUCUUCGAGUGAACUCAAGACGAUGGAGAAAAUCAACGAAUUAAAAUGCGUGUGUGAUAUAUUACAAAAUCAAAAUACAGCCCUGACGAGGGAGAUUGAGGAUUAUUGCAACAUGGUGCGGCAGUUGCAGCAGCGCGUGAAGUGCUUAACGGAAAAGGUGCCUCCCUUUUUGCAUCUCACCGUUCACGUGGACGAGGACGCCGCAAUGCUCGAAAGAACGGCUAUCAUUACUUCUUGGGUGAAAAAAUCUCGGAAUCAGAUCAGAUUCUUCGUGAUGAAACUUCAUGGGAUGCAUAGGGACAUCGCGCGGCUGGACUCGCGCGAAGAGGCGGGUCGUCGCGAGAGAGACGACGACGAGGGGGGGAAUUCUCCGAAUCUGAGCUGCCAAGAAACAGUGACCGACAACGACGAUGUCCCCGCCGCCGUAUGUUGCGUCUCCCAAUGUGAAAAAAAUGUGAAAAAAAUGUGAAAAACGAUAUAGUGAAAAAAAAUGUUA